GUGGGCGGGCGCAGCAGGGCGGUGCCCGGCGGAGGAAGAUGGCGCCGUGAGCGGGUCGGAGCCGCCGCCGCCCCCGGCCGCCCGAGGGACAGCGCAGCAUGGCUGCCACGGCUGCUGUCAGCCCCAGCGAGUACCUGCAGCCCGCCAGCGGCAGCGCACAGGACUCGCAGCCCUCCCCGCUGGCGCUGCUGGCAGCCACAUGCAGCAAGAUCGCCCCUGCCGUGGAAGCGGCCGCGGCGCCGCCGGCGCCCCCGCAGCCCGCGCCUCGCAAGCUGGUGCCCAUCAAACCCGCCCCGCUGCCGCUGGGCUCCGCCAAGAGCGGCAUCGGCAUCCUGUCCUCCAAGGGGAGCCUCUUCCAGCUCCAGGGCUCCCAGGUGGGCGCCUCCUACCCCCGCGGGCAGCUGGUGUUCGCCAUCCAGAACGCGGCCGUGCUCAGCAAAGCCUCGCGCUCCUCCUCCUCCUCCUCGUGCUCCUCCUCGUCCUCCUCGUCCUCCUCCAACAUCCAGUACCAGGCGGUGCCGCAGCUGCAGCCCAGCGGGGCUCAGACCAUCCAGGUGCAGCCUAACCAGAUCCAGAUCAUCCCAGGCACCAGCCAGGCCAUCCUCACGCCCUCCUCCUCCUCCUCCUCCUCGCACAAGCCCGUGCCCAUCAAGCCGGCCCCGGCGCAGAAAGCGGCGGCAGCGGGCGGCGUGGUCAAACUGCCCGGGGCCGCCAACGUCGCCCUGAGCCUGCCCCCGGCCCUGGUGAGCCCCGAGGGGGGCGGGCAGCCCCCGCUGCUCACGGACAGCCCUUCCAAAGGCGGCAAAAAGCCCCGGAAAAAGGCGCCGUCCCCCGGGCAGCCCGCGGCCGUGGCCGUGGCCGAGCAGGUGGAGACGGUGCUCAUCGAGACCACGGCCGAGAACAUCAUCCAGGCGGGCAGCAACCUGCUGAUCGUGCAGAGCCCGGGCUCGGGGCAGCCCGCCGUGGUGCAGCAGGUGCAGGUGGUGCAGCCCAAGCAGGAGCCGCAGGUGGUGCAGAUCCCGCAGCAGGCGCUGCGCGUGGUGCAGGCGGCCUCGGCCACGCUGCCCACCGUGCCCCAGAAAUCCUCCCACAACUUCCAGAUCCAGGCGGCCGAGCCCGUCCCCACCCAGGUUUACUUCAAGACCCCGUCUGGGGAGCUGCAGACGGUGCUGCUGCAGGAGGCCUCGUCCAUCCCGCUGCCGGCGGGCGCGUCCUGCGGCAGCCCCGGUACCGGCCCCGGCCCCGCCCGCAGGCCGGCCCCGCGCAAGGAGCGGCCGCUGCCCAAGAUCGCCCCGGCCGGCGGCAUCCUGAGCCUGAGCGCGGCACAGCUGGCAGCAGCUGCACAGGCCAUGCAGACCAUCAACAUCAACGGCGUGCAGGUGCAGGGCGUGCCCGUCACCAUCACCAGCAGCGCAGGCCAGCAGCAGCUGACGGUGCAGAACGUGUCCGGCAACAACGUGACCAUCAGCGGGCUGAGCCCCACGCAGAUCCAGCUGCAGAUGGAGCAGGCGCUGUCCGGGGACAUGCAGCCCGGCGAGAAGAGGAGGAGGAUGGCCUGCACCUGCCCCAACUGCAAGGACGGCGACAAGCGGCCGGGCGAUGGCGGCAAGAAGAAGCACAUCUGCCACAUCCCCGAGUGCGGGCGCACGUUCCGCAAGACGUCGCUGCUGCGGGCGCACGUGCGGCUGCACACGGGCGAGAGGCCCUUCGUGUGCAACUGGGUGUUCUGCGGCAAGCGCUUCGCCGACGAGCGGCACCGGCACGCCAAGACGAUUCUGGGGGUCUCUGGUGACAAACGCUUCGAGUGCGCGCAGUGCCAGAAACGCUUCAUGCGCUCCGACCACCUGACCAAGCACUACAAAACCCACCUGGUCACCAAGAACCUGUAGGGCGGGGGCAGCCCCCGCACCCCCACCCCGCACCCGGCCCCGCAGCCGGGGCCGCCCACGGCACUCCAGGCAGGGACCCCGGGCGCCGAGCACCCCGAAAACGGGGCCGGGGGUGUCCCUGGGAGCCCCGGGCUCAGGGGGUCACCCGGAGUUCUGCCUGUGACCCCACAGCUCUAGAGGUGACCCCAAAGCCCCCCGAGACCCCACAGGUUUAGGGGGUGACCCCAAAGCCCCCCCCGAGACCCCACAGGUUUAGGGGGUGACCCCAAAACCCCCCCCGAGAUCCCACAGGUUUAGGGGGUCACCCAGAGUUCCUUCUGUGACCCAGAGCCCCCCCUGUGACCCCACAGGCUCAUGGGGUGACCCCAAAACGCCCCCUGAGACCCCACAGGUUUAGGGGGUGACCCCAAGCCCCCUUGUACCCCAGAGCCCCCUCUAUGACCCAGAGCCUCCCCUGUGACCCCACAGGUUUAGGGGGUGACCCAGAGCCCCCCAUCAGUGACCCCACAGGCUCAGGGGUCCCCCAUUGCCCCAUCCCCAGCCCCAUGGGGUCCCCCAUUGCCCCCCCAGCCCCAUGGGGUGCCCCAUUGCCCCAUCCCCAGCCCCAUGGGGCGCCCCAUUGCCCCCGUUUCCCCGCAGGGAGUGGGGCAGGCGCAGCCCCAGAGGCUCCAGAGCACAUUCCUACUUUAUAUUUAAAGUCUAUAAAUAGCUAUAAAUAUCUCUAUCCCCUUUGGGACAUCCCCGUUUUCUAUGGGAUCGUUGCCUUACACUCCCCGUGCCCGCCCCCCGUGCAUCAUGAGUGCUUUUUUAAUCUAUUUAAUCCCCUGCCUUCUCUCCCAAACCUCCAGCUUUCCCCCUCAUGGCCAAUUCCUCUCUCCCAGGUUUUAUUCCCAAGCAACGUUGGCAAUUCCCUUUUUUUUUUAAUUUUGUUUGCAGUUUUGGGACUCCAUCCCUUUUUUUUUCCCUUUUCCUUCCUUUUUUUCCUCUUCUUUCCCCCUUUUCCCUUCCUUAUUUUCUUAUU